AAGGAACCAAACUAAGAUAGCGUUGGGCAAGGGACGGCACAAUCGGGCGAUUACCCGGUCCCGGAAGUGUAGCAGUGAGGCGCGAUCGAGCAACGGAUGCACCGGAACGGAACAGCGCCACAGCGAUGGGAUACAUAAAUCUGCUCGAGCUAAAGCUUUUGUUAAAUAUAUCAUUAGUCGUGCUGCUGGUAAACGGACAUGGCACCCAGACGGAAGCACAGCCAGAGUUCCUGGCCGCGCUGGACAAUCUCACGGUGACACAGGGCCGCGACGUUUCCUUCACUUGCGUCGUGAACAACUUGGGACAGUACAGGGUAGCCUGGAUCAAGUCGGACUCGAAGGCGAUUCUCGCCAUUCACACGCACAUGGUGGCUCUGAAUCCACGGCUAUCCGUCACCCACAAUGGCCACAACACCUGGAAGCUGCAUAUCUCCCACGUUCAGCUGAACGAUUCAGGAAGCUACAUGUGCCAAGUGAACACGGAUCCGAUGAGACAUCAGUCGGGCAACUUGGACGUCGUCGUUCCACCUGAUAUUUUAAACGAACACGAGCCCAACACCCUGGAGGGCGGCGUGGCCAACGAGGCCGGCAACGUGCAGCUGGUGUGCCAGGCGACCGGUGUCCCCGAGCCGACGGUCCAAUGGAGGCGUGAAAAUGGCAAGGAUAUCGUCGUGCGAACGGAGGGCAGAGAAAAACAAGUGGUGAAGUUCAUCGAAGGCGAACGACUCGUCCUGAACCAAGUGCAGAGAACCGACAUGGGGGGAUAUCUCUGCAUCGCCUCGAACGGUGUUCCGCCCUCGGUUAGCAAACGGUUUGAUGUCCAAGUGAACUUUCCACCGAACGUGAAAGCCGGAAACCAACUGGUUGCCGCACCGGUCGAGAGUCAUGUGCUGUUGCAGUGCGUCGUCGAAGCAUUCCCAACUCCUCUCAACGGAUGGCACAAGCAUGAUGGCAUGAAGCUGUACGAGGGAGAAAAGUACACGAUCAGCGAGGAGAAGCUCAACGCCUACACUUGGCAGCUGAAUUUGACCGUAAAAAAUCUGCACAAAGGAGACUUUGGGCCGUACAUUUGCUCAAGCAUUAAUGCUCUCGGAAAGUCCGAUGCCCGGAUACGCCUGCAAGAACUUCAUUUACCUCCUAAACCAACGACAACACCAACGCCUUACGUGCCGUCAACGGUGAAGCAACCGCGAAGAAAGCAGCACUCGUCGACCCACGGCAAAGGUCACGACGGGGCCAAGGGUGGCAACACCUUCAACCGUGACACGUACAUCACCAACCACAUCCAGGAGAACGAUUAUCUCGGCAGCAUCGCACUGUCUGAAGGUAACGCUGGACACGGUGUUAAUGGCGCCGCGAGCGGAAACGGCGGCAUGGCCGGUGGAACCGGCACCGGCGGCAACGGGGGCAACGGGCUGGAGAAACCGAGGAACACGCAAAUGCCGGCCCCAAUACCAUCGCGACAGCCGCUCUGGAUCCUGAACAACAAGUCGCCCGCGGCGAGCAUCUUCGCCCAUGGGCGGCCCUCCAGCACGGUUGCGUUUGUUAGUUGUUGUUUGCUGAUGAUUUAUAGUCUGUUGAUGUUGCCGACAUUUACAUGA